AUGGCAAAGUCGGACAGGGUGGUCUGCACCCUCCUCCUCCUCGUCCUCCUCCUCGCCACACUGUGCUGCCAGAGCCUGGCUCAGAGAGCCCCGGCCAUGCCAGACAAGUGCUGUUUCAACUUCCAGAGGAGAAGGAUCAAGAGAGACAACAUCGUUGCCUGCUACCCCACCAGCCCCGAGUGCCCACACCAGGCUGUAAUCUUCAGGGUGAGGAGUGGGAAGGAGAUCUGCACCCAGGCAAGCCGGGCCUGGCUGAGGAGGUACCAGCAGAACUUCCAGGUCAACUCCUUCUCCAUCCCCAGCUAG